AUUCUUUCUCAUGACAAACCACCACAGCGGAAAACCUGAUUAUUAAAUGUGAUGCUUUAUUUUGAAAUGCCAGACCGGACACGUAACUUUCCCGGAGCCUCGUGAGCUUCACCAAACCAGCGACACCGAGUCAAAUGUUCGCCUAUUGAGAACUUACCUUCCCACGCAGCCCCAGCUCUCUGCCUCCGCCUCACGCUGUCCCCACCUUUUGGACCGCCACCGGAACGCCGGAGCGCCCGCCGAAGGAAGUGGCCCGCAUGGUGGUUGAAGGGAUGCCCGAGACGGCCGAGGGAGGAGGAGGAGGAGGGAUGCUGAGCCGGCGAAGGGGCAAAGCCAGGCGGAGAAAACGAAAGGAGUUGUUCGCCAUCCAGAUGUGCUUUGCGGCUGUGCUGCUGGGGCUGGUCGUGGGGCUGCAGACGGUGGCACAGAAAGCAGGAUAUCAGACUUCUAUCUCUUUGGUUGUGGAAGAGGCAAAGUGGGAGAGUCGUCACCUUCUGCAAGAAGACAACAAGUCUAAGCUCUAUCUAGAGCCGGACAAAAACUGCACUGAACCAGCGAUCCAUGAGUUCCCCAGAGAUUAUUUCACCAACCAGGAGCGCACAGAGGGAGCCGUGGGCCUCCAUGUUCUGUGUGCAGUCUACAUGUUUUAUGCCCUGGCAUUGGUCUGUGAUGACUACUUUGUCCCCUCACUGGAGAAGAUUUGUGAGCGUCUUCAGCUGAGUGAGGACGUGGCAGGAGCCACCUUCAUGGCAGCUGGCAGCUCAGCUCCUGAACUCUUCACGUCAGUCAUUGGAGUGUUCAUCACCAAAGGCGACGUUGGCGUGGGCACAAUUGUGGGCUCUGCUGUCUUCAACAUUCUCUGCAUUAUUGGAGUGUGUGGCAUAUUCGCUUUGCAGACCAUCCGUCUGUCCCGCUGGCCUCUGCUCAGAGACUCGGGCUACUACACACUCUCUAUCUCUGCCCUUAUAGUGUUUAUAUAUGAUGAAAAGGUGGUUUGGUGGGAAGCUCUGACACUGAUUCUGAUGUAUUUCGUCUACAUUUUGAUCAUGAAGUUGAACUGCUACAUUGUUCGUUUCCUUGAGAGACAGAAGAAGAAUCCAUCUGGUUUAAGUAAUGGAGCUGCUACUAACACUGAACUAGAUGAUGGCUAUGACGCUACAGCUGUCCUGCUGAAGAAAGCAAACCACCACAACAAGCCAUCUGUGCUGAUGGUGGACGAGCUGCUCUCUGCGUACCCCCACCAGCUGACCUUUUCCGAGGCUGGCAUGAGGAUCAUGAUCACCAGUCACUUCUCUCCGAGAACCCGACUCACCAUGGCCUCACGGAUGCUCAUCACUGAGAGACAGAGACUAAUCAACACACGGACUCUGACCAACGGCGAAUCAGACGUCUCUGUCAAAGGAGGCGGUAGACGGGGCAUCGAAAAUGGGCUGUCCAGGGCAGAGAGGCGCCUCAGCAUUCGCCGUGACGAUCGAGAGGCGGGCAACGAGACGGAGAACGAAGAUAACGAAAAUAAUGAGAACGAUGAAGAGGAAGAGGAAGAUGAGAGAGAUGGACCUUUUGUGCCCUUCCAGUGCCCAGCUGGUGUGUUUAACAAGCUGAAGUGGCUGCUGGCCUGGCCUCUGUGCCUGGUGCUGUUCUUUACCGUCCCCAACUGCUCCAAACCUCGCUGGGAGAACUGGUUUAUGCUCUCCUUUAUUUUCUCCACCCUUUGGAUUGCCUCCUUCUCCUACAUCAUGGUCUGGAUGGUAACGGUGAUCGGCUUCACACUCGGAAUUCCCGAUGUGAUCAUGGGCAUCACCUUCCUGGCAGCUGGCACCAGCGUUCCCGACUGCAUGGCGAGUCUGAUAGUGGCGCGGCAAGGUAUGGGAGACAUGGCCGUGUCCAACUCCAUCGGCAGUAAUGUGUUUGACAUCCUGGUAGGGCUCGGCCUCCCCUGGGCCCUGAAGACACUGGCCAUUAAUUACGGCUCUGCUAUUAAGCUGAACAGCAAAGGGCUCAUCUUCUCUGUGGGACUCCUGCUGGCGUCUGUCUUCCUUACGGUGCUGGGAGUCCACCUGAACAAGUGGACGCUGGACAAACGUCUGGGACUCACGUGUCUCUUGUUCUACUCCAUCUUCCUGUGCUUCUCCUGUCUCAUCGAAUACAACAUCUUCACUUUUGUCAACCUGCCAACGUGUCGGGAAGACUGAGACGCACCAGCAUUGCCACACACACACGCACACACACACACACACAAAGUCCGAUUCACAGGUAGUGUUACGGAGGCGAUAGGUGGAGUUCGACAGAGGCUCUAAGUCAGAACAGACUUGUUUCUGAGUCUCUUUGUUUGUUGUUUUUGGAGAGGUCCCACUCUGCUCUUUUUUGGGUGCUUGUUUUCCUGCUUGGUGCGAUAUGGAGCUGCUCUGGUGUUUACUCCCAAUCAGACCAGAGUGUGGGACUUUUUCCAGGGGCAGAGAUUGGUUAAUAACAAGCCCUCACUGUGCUCAACACACACACACACACCCACACACACACACACACACCUGUAUUACUGCAUGCUUCUCACAUAAACAUGUUUUAUUUUGAAGCUCCUGUGUUUAGGUGUGACGUUUCCUAGCUGCUAACUCUUCCUCACAGGGUACGCGAGGCCUUGUUGAGGAGAGUAAAAACGAUCAAAGCAAUGACGAAUCCGAGGUGGGCGGAGUCGGCUCAGCACUUCAGCUGCAGAGGAGUUGUUUGGGUUGUUGGAAGUCUCUCGGUAGCAAACAGACCCAGUUAUGCACAUGUGCACAUUAUGUCCAGUCAGAGUCACUUUGUUCAUGCCUCAAGUGUGUAUAGACGUGUGUAGAGACAGUCUUCCUCUUCUGCUUUUAGACGUAAAACUACAGGCAACCAGGGCAUUACCUUUUUAUGAAGUGACUCACAAUUGUAGUGUUGUUGUGUUUUUUUUUUUUUUACUCCUUCUUGAAUAUACCCUUCUCCUGUAUAUACCCCCCAGAUGAUUUAUUUAUUAUUUAUUCAUGCCACACACGUCUCACAUUUCUCUCGAGGUCACAGAAACAAACAGAAGAAUAAAACUUAAAACACAAAACAAGCACAACGUCUUCUGAGGGAUCGAUCUGGAAUUCUGCGGGUGGAUGUCAGAAAUGUCCUAUUUGCACUGACCAGCUCCGUGAGGAACAUCCUUAUAAAAAGAAGAGAAUCUUGAUUUUUUAUUUUUAAAUUAUAAUUAUUAUUAUGACUGCUGCUUUUGUCCUCUUAAAGACUCCGAGUUAGCAGACUCAAUAGAGAUGGGUUCAAAGUACUUCCCUCACCUGGGCUGACCGUUCUGCUCUGGACAUGUCUUAUUUUGGGAGUUCUUUGUAUUUUGUUCUGACAAAGGUCUGGAUUUGUCCACUUAAGUUUUGUGAUAAGUCAAAAUGUCCUACUAGAAUUAGAGCAUGUACUGUUGUGAUUUAAUGUAAGCCGUGAAGGGCGACGACAUCCUUCGAGGCUGAUUGUGAGACCAAACAUGACUUUCUUACAGAUGAGCUUUGGCAACUCCUUCAGUCCAGACAGCUAAUCCAACAAAAACAAAGACUGUUUCAGGGUCUAGUUUAUCCAUCAUCAACUAGUGUUUUAAUGUACAAAUCAUUCCAAUCACAUGUUUCUGUCCGUACAUCAGUCAGAAAUAUGUGUCUGAUAGGAGCUUGUCUGUUUAUUUUGUUGGGUUUUUUUUGUAAAUAUUCAUUGCUCUGAGUGGGGAAACUGGGUUUGAAACUUAUGAAAUGCAAUAACUAUAAGCUUACUCCCUUGUCAGGUUGCAGCUUUAAAGACAAUAACAAUACGAGCUGAGACAAGACAAUACAUGAUUUUGAGUUCACAAGAAUCAGACAAGAUGCUAGCAAUAUCCUUGGGAAAUUUUGAUCCAAUUUUCUUUGUUUUCACAAACACAGUAAAAGGUUUUGUGCUUCCUAAAGCUCAGUUUCAAUGUUAAAGCCAGUCCUGGUGAUAAGUCCUUAAACUGAAGACGAUACAAUGCAGUCCAGACUCAUUAGGAACACUAUGAAAUGACCCUUUAGUUUUACCCCAAUAGGAAUGUAGGUGCAGAUGCUAACUUUAGCUUUAGCAGCUAGCAGUUAGCCAGUUGUUGGCGUCCUCUUCAGUGUUUUCUGUAACUGUGUGUUGUCAGCUAGUCUAAUGACCAGAUUCUGUUAAUACAACUAAACAACUUCUUCCUGUCUGAGUUCAAAAUAAGAGUCUCAAGGUGUGGUUGCAACAGGAUUGUCGGGAUUAAAGACGCAGUUGUCAAUGUUGUAUUCAAACUUCACCAGACAAAGUCACAGAUUACAUGUACAAAUGUAGCUUCCAUCCUGGAAUGCUCUCAUUAUGUGGAAUUCUGUAGAAAUCAAGUCGACAUUUGAUAUUUAUUGAUUCAGGGAUGCUCUCGCUCUUCUGGAGUGAGACUCAAGCUUUCUCACUCGGCCCGGAUAGAUCUCCUUUAGAAUAAGGAGCGGUACCACUUCUGUACUUGGGACAGUUCUCUGUGAGGCCCUGAUCACUCUGCAGAUGUUUUUCAGUGUUUGUUGGUGCUAAGCUCCAGGUGAAUCCAGUUAGGAUGUUCUUGUUUCAGGUCAAACUUUCUUCCAUUCCUUUUAAUACAGGUGGUUAAUAUGGAGGCCCCUAGGGGACAAGGAGGAUUUUUUUCUUCUUUUGCAUUCUCUCGCAAUAAUCUACUGAUCAGUUCAUGCAGCAUAAUUGAAUACUGUAAGCCUUUCUUUCAGUGGCCAUCGUACUUUCUGCUAUAAGGUUUUCAUGAGGUUUUUUCCAUUUAUGUUAAUAUCUGGUUGUGAAACACCUGAAGUUUUAUUUCUUUUUCUUUAGGACAGAAAUGCACCACAGACCUGAUGUAAACAGAAACUUUCCGUAAGAAGAAAAAGAAAAAAUAGAUCCAAACUAUUUGGACUGUUUCUGCGUUAUUAUCACUGGGUCAUAAAGUCAUCAGACAGUUUGAUUGUGUCUCUUUGUGUUGGUCUGAAUGGUUUAAAGAGACGUUUUCAUGUGCAGAUCCAUCUCAGCCUUACACAAACGGACAGAAACAUGCAGGGAAUAAAGUGAUUUUCAAUCAGUUUUGUGCAUCAAAGAGUUAAGAAUAAACACGUUUUCACUGAGGCUCUUUAAUGUGUAUAGGUUUCACAUUUGAAAUUGACAUUCGUGACUGUAUACAAAAUAGACCGGCAAAUAUUUCAGUGAGAAUAUUGCGAGGGAACGCAAAACUUAUUGCAAGGCAACGCAAAAGAAACAUUUUCCCCAUGUCCCCUAGGUGUCCCUCAGGGGGCUCCGUAGGUUAAGAUGUGGUGUGUAGGUCCACUGGUCCAAAAUAAUCUCCUUGGUGUUGCCCAUGUUAAACAGAGAAACAAUGUUACUUGUUCAACUGUCUUCCCACUUCUGUUUGGUUACAUCAACGACUACCAUGAGUAUUUUAGGGAAAUGUUGUCAAUCUGUGGGGCACCUCAGUAAGUUAUCAAAGUGUUCGUCUUGAGACGAAACUCUUACACCUUGAGGUACAGAGGUAGCAUGCAAUAUUGAUUGCACCAAACCUUAACUACUUGUAUCCUAAAGCAAUCCAAGAUGUAAGAUAUUAUUUAUCUUCUUGCUAUGAUCCGUCUCUUGAUAGAUUUAGAGCAACGUAAACUGUGUGGUCUAAAAGUGGACCGGCGCUGCAUUCCAGUUACUUCUGAAGUCAGAACUCGUUACUGCGAUUGACGUCACCCGCAAAACCAGUUAACAUGGAGAAGUCGGGAUUUCAAUGUUGCCAAGCACAUAGACGUUCGCAGCACCUCUGAGCAUCAUUUUAAGCUUUACUUUCCAUAUUUUUGCUCAAUUGACGGUGAGUCUCAAUCUCUCUAACGUUUUUGUAUAUAUAAUAGAAUAUUUUAUAUUGUCAUGUCUUUGUGCUUCCUCUGAUUUCCUUGUUAAACACCUUGCUGAUAGGGAAAACUUUGAGUUUUCGUCCCUCACUGACAGUAUAUACACUGAAGCAUGUUGUUUGUCAUCUCCACCUGGAACAGGUUGGCGUUUGAUCGGUCAGGACUGAUCAAAUUGAAGAAAAAAAAACAUCCAGUACCAGCCACCAGCUGAUCUCUUAUUUGUGUGACUCUUAAGGAUCGUGUUGGUUUGGGUCAAAUUUAGAAAACUAUCAGCGAUGCCUUCACUUUCUUUUACUGGCCACCCUGGAUUUCCCCUGCUGUUCUCCAUCGUCCCAUUCCUUGACCUCCACCUUACUCUUAUGUGUCAGAAUUGUAGCUAUUCCACAAAGUAUGCCAAACCGCCCUGACUCUGGUUGCAUUGGGAUGCCCUCCACACUCAAAGAUGUCGCCAUGGUUAGCACAACCCUGAUGCCAUGUCAAGGGGUUCUCGCAGGGCACUCGGGACCAAACCUCACUGGUGUGUGUAGCUUUGGCGCACCACCGAUACUCUGCAAAUUCUUCCAUAACUCCUCUGCGAUCCACCCAAAACGCUGAUACGCUACAUUGCGGUUAUGGUACAUUGUGCCAUCCUGUGUGAAACUUCCCCAAAAAGCUUGUAUGUGCAUUCAAAUGACUCCUUUUUUAAAAUUUAUUUUAUUUGAUAUAUUUAAAUUCUGACAACUUAUAGCGCUUUGACAGUGCUCAUAGUUAAUGGAGCAAUCUGUCUCUGUGCUGCACAGUAUUUUCUCAGUGUCAGGAGAUAUCUCUAACAGCAACUGCAUUAUAGUGAUUACCAUGUUUUUCUUUAUCAUAUGUCUCUAAGAUCAGCUGCAGCAUGCACUUUACCAAUCCUUCUCUGUUCCGGGUGUGUAGAGUUUGUUGUGUUUGCUAGUCACUGCGUACACCUACUCCUGAUGAAGGCGUAGAAAAGUCCAGAGCAGUGACGGCUCCCACACUGUGGCUGCGUUCACACUUCAACCUGAACUGACCCAAUUCCAGUUUUUAAUUUAAUUUUUUUUUUGACAUAAUGCGACCUGAAUCUGAUCUUUUCAUGACAGCCUGAGCAACACAGGUCAGAUAUUUUUCGAAUGCGAUCCAGAUAUCCGAUACGUAUCCGAUUCAAAUGUGACCAAAAGUCCAGGUCGCGUUCAUCCGACCUGAACGUCACUGACACUCGACAAACGUCACUAUUCUGCGUCCUGAUACGCAGCAACAACCAUGACGGACUAUAACGAGGAUUAAGUUGUUAAUAUUCUGGUUCCCGUUGCAGAACAACUUCAAAUGUGUAAACUAUGCUCCACCCUUAGCAUCCAUGUUUACUUCUUCUUUACGGCGGUUGGCAAAACACUGAGCAUGCGCUCUAUGUGUGACGUUACUGCGCCCUCUACUGCACAUGCAGGACACUUUCAGGUCGUUUGACCGCUCACACUGGACAACACGUACAAGUUGCGUAUAUUUGGAAGUGUGAACGACCAUGGCAGAAAAAAUAAAUAAAAAAUCCGAUUUGACAAAAAAAAAUCGGAAUCGGGUGUGAACGCAGCAAAUUCAGGUGUGAACGCAGCAAAUUCAGGUGUGAACACAGCAAAUUCAGGUGUGAACGCAGCCUUAGUGUGGAGGCCGUCACUGUUCUGCACUUCUGUGUGUCUGAAAUCAACCAAAUCACCUAGGACGCUCCCAUCGUGAUACCAGGUACCUUUUUAAGAAGAUUUUUAUAUAGUUUGUGAUAUUCACAUUGGUGAUACACUGAUUAUGUAAAUAUGUGUAAAUAUAUGUGUAAAUGUAUUUAUAUAUAUGCAUAUAUUUUUGUCUGAAUGUGUAUAUGUGUGGGAAUAUAUUUUCAUAGAUUCUAGGUAUCCCCUUGUUUGUAAGGGCGCUGUUUUUACGUUUUUUGGGGGGGGUUUUUGGUUUUUGUUUUCUUUCUCUUUUUUUUUUUUUUUGUUUUGGAUUACAUGCAUGGAGAUAUUUCGCUAUGUUAAAUUAUCUAUGGAAAAUCUUACUGUUCUUUGAAAUGAGAGUCAAAUGGUUUCAGAGAGAGCACUGGAUGUAGUUUGAAUUCCUGACGGUUGCUUGCUCUUUUUCAGCCCCAGGUUGUGAUGAACGACUGUGAGUGUUUGCUGCAGACAUGGACCUUCGCAUAUCGGAGCUAGUACCUCUUACCACAUACAUGGAUUUAACAAAACUGAAUAUUUUGUGUUUAAAUGUUUCAAAUCUAAUUUCAGAAACCGUUUUGCAUCAAUAAAGUUGUCUUUGAUUAAAGAGCA